AAAAAAAAAACAAAAAUGCUAGCUCGAUCCAGAAUACCCCUAGCCCUGCGCUCCCUGCGCAGCUCCCCCUUAAUCCAGCUGGGAGCUUUCUCUCCAGCGCAGACCAUCACCAUACCACCACCCGCUGUCGUGAGCGAUGCGCAGCGACAACGACAACAACAACAACAACAACAACAACAACCCGCUCCUGUCCCAGCUCCGACAAGCACAAGCACAAUCGCACUCGCAGGCACACGCGCGAACCGAAUGCCCUACUCCACAGCUUCAACCGGGAAACCACAAGCGGACGAGAUCAUCGAGGAGAUCCAGGACCUAUACGAAACCGCCAAGGACGAAUUCGAAAUCGCAUCCGAAAGCACCGACGGCGCAACCAUCUACGCUGCCUCGGACCGCGAGUCUGCGCGCGACGCCCUGGACCAGCUGCUUGCCGUGUACUCGAUCUACACGAGUCCCUUUGCGGAGGCCGAGGCCGAGGCCGAGGCCGAGAUUGCUGAGUUGCGGGGUGCGACUGGUGCACCGGGUGCAGCAGCAGCAGCAGCAGCAGCAGCAGCAUUGGGGGAUUCUUCUCCGUUGCGGGGGAGGGUGAGUUCUAGUGCGGGGGUGGAGGAAGCGCUUGAAGAAGAGGAGGAUUUUGAGGACGGCGCGGUUAUUGAGUUGGGGGUUGAUCCGGAGGAAAUUACAGAGGAGGUUCGAGAGGAGGUCAAGAGGAGGAUUGGGGGGCGGAUCCGGGAGUUGCAGAGUGCUGUGGAGGCUUUGGAGGGGAGGGCUAAAGCUGAUUAAAAUUUUUUUUUUUUUUCUUUUCUUUUCUUUUCUCUUGCGUGUUCAAGGUAUGUUCAAGGUAAGGGGUUGUUUUUUACUAUGUGGAGUGUAUAUAUCUAUGUAUGUCUUCGUCUCAUUACUCAUUCAUAUCCAUAUUCAUAUCCAUAUAAACAUGUAUCCGUCAGCCAUUUUCUGG